CCCAGGAACCUGCAUGAGGGACGCCUCCUCACCCUCCGUCUCUGCGGACCGGGCGUCCACACCCCUCAUGCUGUGAGACAUGGGGGGCAUUGGGGGCACCGGACUGAGCAAAGGGGACCACUCUGUUUUCCCAACAGCCCAGUGGAAUGGCGCUCUCCUGGGUCCUCCAAGCCAUAUCGAAAGAACUGGAAAAUCCAGUUAACCAGCCUCUCCCCCAUCUCCCCCCACACACCUGUGCUGAGUGGGGAGUAGAAGGCAGGCCAGGUAAGGAGAGGCCAGGGGCUUCAGACGUUGCUCCUGUCCAUCCGAGAAGCAAGAAGCGAGGUGGCCACAAUGGCAACUGGGCUGCCCCUCGUCCUCCUCCUGACCCUCCUCGGCAGCUCACAGGGAACAGGGCCGGGAAUGACUUUGCGACUGAAGCUGAAGGAAACCUUUCUAGCAGAUUCUUCCUAUGACUCCAGCUUCUUGGAACUGCUUGAGAAGCUCUGCCUCCUCCUCCACCUUCCAUCAGGGACCAACGUCACCCUUCAUCAGGCAGGAUCCCUACACCACGUCACCUGCCGAGUCUGAGAACAGUCGAAGCCUGUGCCCCUCUCCGCCAGGCCUUCUGUCCCCAGGCUGCAGAGGGAAUGCACUGGCCUUGCCUUCCAGCAUGUUCUCACACUGCUGAGUGGUAGUAAAUAUGCUGAAUUCAAUGA